AUGAAAACACUCAACUUUAUAACCAGCAACAAAAACAAACUCAGCGAGGUCCGCGCCAUCCUGGGCGAUGCUGUCGUCGUCGACAACAGGUCUGUCGAUGUGCCCGAGAUACAGGGGACUAUCGAGGAGAUUGCGAAGGAGAAAUGUCGGAGGGCUGCUGAUGCGGUGGGAGGUCCAGUCUUGACAGAGGACACUGCACUCGAGUUCCACGCCUACAAAGGCCUUCCGGGCCCAUACAUUAAAUCAUUUCUCGAGGCUCUAGGGCAUGAGGGUCUCAACAAAAUGCUCGAUUCCUUCGAUGAUCGUUCCGCAGAAGCAGUGUGUACAUUUGCUUUCUCGAAUGGACCCGGUGAAGAACCCCUGAUCUUCCAAGGGAGGACUUUGGGAAAAAUUGUUUCCGCGCGAGGACCGCCAAAUUUUGGCUGGGACCCCAUCUUCGAAUACCAGGACAAAACAUAUGCAGAGAUGGACAAAGAGGAAAAGAACAAAAUCUCCCACCGCUACAAAGCCCUCAUGAAAUUGAAAGCGUGGUUGAUUGAGAAUGAGGCGAACCCGAGCUCGUAA